AUGCCGAGUUUAGCGGCAGCGUUGUCAUGGGACAAUAAAUCCUACCGCUACCGUCUCCAAACUGAGUCCAUGACGAAUUAUGAUAGUCGCACCGCGACGAGAACCCAAACUGAUAACAUUAAUUCCCGUGCUGUUGAUCCACUUGCACAAGAAAGGUAUAUCGCCAUUCCUACUAAACCCACCAACAAUGAUGUUUUCAUCGAUCGUUCUCUGCAGUCCCCCGAUAAUUCUCCGCAGUGA